GCGUUCUUGAUUCUUGUCUGGUGAGGUUUUCUGUGAGUUCUCCGUAGGUGGGUGUAUUUCUCGCUCACUGCAUUCCAAUGGCUCCGAGCAACGUUCUUGGUUUCAGGGCUGGAGAAGACCCUCACGCGCUCGCUCUCUGUCUCUUGUCCCUUCCUUUCUCCGUACUUGCUCCGGUGUCCUUGCGAUGGACAAGAGGGGAAAAGGACGAGCAGUCCCUUCAACGUGAGAUGCGGACUUUGUUGCGUCGCUCCGGGCACCGUCGUGAGUGACAGACAUGCCACAAGUAUGUCACUCCACCGACAAGGGAACAGAAGGGCGAGAAGGACAAGGACAGUCCCCAGGACACGGAGCCAGCGAGCCAGCUCCUUGCUUCCUCCGAGCGUGAGCGAAGUCCACAGCCGCCCACGAAACGAACGGCUUUGCUCUUGGAGGACAGAGUCUCUUUCGACACACCCAGGUGACUUCAUGCGUACGAGCCAGACGGCAAGCGUAGGGGGAUGGCUACGUACGUACCUGGAUACUGUACCAUAUUGUGUGUGCCCGUAGGUGCCUUGGUUGCUUCCUUAUGCAGACAGGAAACAAGAGGGCGUUCCAUGAGUAAAGGUAGGCCAAGCAGACGAGUUGUUGGUCGGGUUACUUCGGGACGAGCCCCAAGAACUUUGGAGGGACAAGUCGAUUCCGUCCUCAGUCUGUCUUCAAUAUGCAUGAAAAAGCACGAAGUGGUGGUGGUCGUGGUGCGGAGGAGAUGGGACAGGGACGACUAUAUCGCUACUUGUUGCAACAGAGAGAGAAAAAUCCCACAAUAACGGACGAAUGUGACCAACAGCUUUAAUAUAAUUACACGAAACGUAUGCCCGUUGAUCCCAGUAGGGGUCUCUACGAGAGAG